GUCUUGAUCACGUUAUUGUGUUCUUCUUCUUCGUUGACUCAGUGCUUAGUUACAGUCUCUCUAUUUCUUCCUCUCUCUGGUUUUCUCUGAUUUGAUCGUUGUUAUGGAUACUAGCUAUGUUGUCAAGUUUAUUUAUUCUGGUGAAGCAGCGACAGUUCCAUUGUUGCAUAAUUGGUCGUUUGUUGACCUAUGCAAUUCCAUACGCUCUCGUUUUCCGGAUUUGAUUCAAGGCAAUUUCAUGUUGAGGUACAUUAUUCCUCCGGAUUCUACUUCAUGUUUUCUAGAGAGUGAAGUUGAUAUGAGAAUGAUUUUUAGGAAUUUGGUUCGUUACAAUUCUGAUUUUGUUGAAGUGUUUGUGACUGAUUUGCCUUCUAUUAGUGAAAGUGUGGUGAGUAAUACAGUGUGUGAGGAUUCUAGUACCAUGCUUGAGGAGAAUGAUUAUUUGGGGUGUUAUAGGGCAGAGGCACCGAAGAGUUAUAUGACGAAAGGUUGGGAGAGUUAUAUUCAUUCUGAAGGCCAAAAGUUUGAGGGUGGGGUUGUUGAGUUUAGGGAUAAGCUACGUAAGUAUGCUAUAGAAAUUGGCUUUUCAUAUGAGUUUGUUAGAAAUGACAAGGUUCGUGUUAUUGCUCAGUGUUCUAAGAAACAUUCUCAAGGCUGCAAUUGGCUGGUGAAGGCUUAUUUAUGUAGGGCUAAUGGUUUCUUUAUGAUUAAAAGGUUGGUUAAUGUUCACACUUGUCAUGGUGUGAUUCGUUUGCAGAAGAGUAAGAUGAUGGAAUCCAAGACUUAUCUGUUUAGAAAGCUUUCAGUCACAAUCUAA